GCCAUGCCAGCCACCAUCAUCUGACGCUCACCCUCGCUGCCAUUAUGCUGGCCUCAGGGCUGCUUCUGGUGGCUCUCUUGGCCUGCCUGUGUGUAAUCCUUCUGAUGUCCACCUGGAGACAGAGAAAGCUCUCUGGAAAGCUGCCUCCUGGACCCACCCCACUGCCCUUCAUUGGGAACUACCUGCAGCUGGAUACAGAACAGAUGUACACCUCCAUCAUGAAGAUCAGAGAGCGCUACGGCCCCGUGUUCACCAUCCACAUGGGCACUCGCCGAGUUGUGGUUCUUUGUGGCUACGAUGCAGUGAAGGAGGCUCUUCUGGACCAGGCUGAUGCUUUCAGCGGGCGAGGGGAGCAGGCCACCUUUGGAUGGAUCUUUGAGAACCAUGGUGUCGUGUUCAGCAAUGGGGAGCGUGCUAAACAACUGAGACGCUUCUCCAUCUCAACUCUGCGAGACUUUGGCGUGGGCAAGCGUGGCAUUGAGGAGCGCAUACAGGAGGAGGCGGGCUUUAUUGUCCAAGCAUUACAGAACACAGGUGGCAACUUCAUAGAUCCCACCUUCUACAUGAGCCAAGCAGUUUCCAAUGUCAUUUGCUCCAUUGUCUUUGGGGACCGCUUUGACUAUGAGGACAAAGAGUUUCUGUGGCUUUUGGGAAUGAUGCUCCGAAGCUUCACCUUCACAGCUACUUCCACUGGGCAGCUGUUUGAGUUUUUCACAUCAGUGAUGAAGUACCUGCCUGGACCACAGCAACAGGCCUUUAAAAACUUGAAGAAGCUGAAGAAUUUUAUAGUUAAGAAGGUGGAGCAGAACCAGCGCACACUGGACCCCAAUGCCCCACGGAACUUCAUCGACUCCUUUCUCAUCCGCAUGCAAGAGGAGAAAAGUAACCCCAACUCAGAGUUCUUCAUGAAGAACCUGGUGAUGACCACGCUGAACCUCUUCAUUGCGGGCACAGAGACUGUCAGCACGACCCUGCGCUAUGGUUUUUUGCUGCUCAUGAAGUACCCAGAAGUGGAGGCCAAGGUCCAUGAAGAGAUUGAUCGAGUGAUUGGCAGGAACCGACAGCCUAAGUUCGAAGACCGGGUCAAGAUGCCCUACACGGAGGCAGUGAUUCAUGAGAUUCAAAGAUUUGGAGACAUCAUCCCCAUGGGCGUGGCACACAGGGUCACCAAGGACACCAAGUUUCAGGGCUACCUCAUCCCCAAGGGCACUGAAGUGUUUCCUAUCCUGGGGUCUGUGCUGAGAGACCCCAAGUUCUUCUCCAACCCUGGUGAUUUCAACCCCCAACAUUUCCUGGAUGAAAAGGGGCAGUUUAAGAAGAGUGAUGCUUUCAUGCCUUUUUCCAUUGGAAAGCGGUACUGCUUUGGAGAAGGCCUGGCUAGAAUGGAGCUCUUUCUCUUCCUCACCACCAUCAUGCAGAACUUCCGCUUCAGGUCCCAGCAGAUGCCUCGGGACAUCGAUGUGUCUCCCCAGUUUGUGGGCUUUUCCACCAUCCCUAGAAACUAUACCAUGAGCUUCCUGCCCCGCUAAGGCUGGGUUCUGCGCCAAGGCACAGCAAGUGACAGGCGGGAAAAGAGGGGCCAAGGUGUGGCUGGAAGUUGGGAUGAGCCUAAGGGAGAGGGCAAAAAUAAGAGGAGAAAAGCCUGAAAUAUGAAGAAUGAAUAAAGAGAACAGAGUGCUGUCUUUGA